CAAAUAUUCUUCAGUGACGCAGGAGGCAAGGAGGGAGCAACAAGGAAGCUGCAGAGCGCUGCUUCAGGAGGCAGAGGACCAGUGUACACGCGAUGGCAUACCCUGUGCGGCUGGAGGUGGCUUCCUUGGCAGUGGAAAAGGGUGAAAAAGCAACUCCAGCUACAGUAUUGCCCCAAACCCGCGCUGCUGUAACAGAUCUUCCACCAGUGGCUGACACUUCUAAUUCGCCCACCAGACCUGUUUUUGUUAUAAGUGAUUCUGUGAAGCGCCCUAAAACUACAGGUAUAAUGGGCUCAGGACGAGUGAUAGCCAUGACAACUGCUGGUACUUUAUAUCCUUCCACAAACAGCACUGCAUGUUACAACCCAACACCACGCUCUCGCUCCAGCCCACUCAUUGGGCGACGUUGUACUCGUGUUAUGCCAUUGCUACCCACCACCCAGUUGCAAGCACCUGCCAAUACCAGAAACGCACCAGAUCAUGGUCGUAAAAAAGUGGUGCAGCAGGGAAUGAGUAAUGUUUCUCAUCCUUUAAAAAUUCCAAAAUGGAACAGGGAACUGCGGAGGGAAUCCCAACAGAGCACCGAGCAAGAUGGGAGUGAGGUGUUGUGGCCCAGAUCUUCCCUAGAUAGUGGGACACUAAAUCAUGACUCCCUGAUGGCCACUACCAACGCUUCUCCAAACCUGGCUCCUACACAGGGAGGCUACAGCCCCUGGAUAGGCAGGUAUACUGUGCCUACCAUCAACAUUGCUUCAGAACAUUCCUCUACUCGCCCCCUCAGGUCUUCUGCCUCACUCAGCAGCAGCAAGAGUGACUUCAGUACCAGCUUGGAGCACAGCCGAUAUGUAACAGAGCGUAUUCACCACUUGGUCUCGGCAUUUAGUCAACGGGCCAAUCGAGUGAAGGCACAGAUUACUCAGCCACCAACACCCUCCACCGAACUCUCUGAUGGGGGUGAUGAUUCUCACAAAGCUCCUGACACACGGCAGCGACUAGACUCCCUCAAUCACGAGAUCUCCUCCAGGUCCCAAUCUCUGCCUCAGCUGGUUGGGGUCAACACACGUCGUGCUUGGCUGCUGCGGCAUCUGUAUGGGUGUAGGAAGACUCUUUCCUUCCCGCAGGCCAUGGAACCUCAAAGCAGACUAUACAUUUCUUGGCUUCUGGUGGUGUGCAUUGUUUAUGUGUACAAUGCAUGGGUCAUCCCCCUACGAUCUGUGUUCUCGGAGUAUCAGACAAGUAGCAACCUUGUCUACUGGCUUACUGCUGAUUACCUUGCUGAUUUUGUUUACAUCCUCGAUAUUGUGGUAUUUAAGUCUAGGGUCAUGUACUUGGACAAUGGAUUUUGGGUUAAUACGCCGAAACUCAUGCGUCGAUAUUAUUGGAAAACCUCCAAGUUCAGGUAUGACUUGGCAUCACUCCUGCCUCUUGAUCUGCUGUACUUCAAGUUUGGACUUGUCUCUAUACUGAGGCUGCCUAGACUUAUAAAGAUCCACACCUUUUGGGAGUUCUUCCACCGUCUGGACUCGGUGCUGUCUUCACCUCAUGCAGUCAGAGUAAUCCGUACCGUCAUGUACAUGAUUUUUCUGAUUCAUCUGAACACCUGUGCUUACUAUGGUUUUUCGAAGCUUGAAGGCAUUGGCUCCAACAAAUGGGUUUUCCAGGGUGUAGGCAAUGCAUAUAUCCGGUGUUUCUACUUUGCUACAAAAACAGCCACCAGUAUUGGCAAAAACCCCAAACCAGAGAACGAGGCUGAAUACCUCUUCAUGACAUGUUCCUGGCUAAUGGGUGUGUUUGUCUUUGCUCUGCUUAUUGGUCAGAUUCGAGACAUUGUGGCCACAGCCACCCGUAAUCAGAAUGAAUUCCGAAGGGUGAUGGAUCAAACCCAAGCGUACCUCCACCGCCUCAACUUGCCAGCCAGCCUUCAAGAGCGGGUCCGCCUCUGGUUUACCUAUACCUGGCAGAACCAGAAAACCCUCAAUGAGAUGAAGUGUCUUGAGUCACUACCAAAGAAGAUGCGAACAGACAUAGCUAUCAAUGUGCACAUACAGAUCUUAUCAAAGGUUCAGCUCUUCCAGGACUGUGACAAAGCUCUGCUGCGGGACUUGGUACUCAAGCUGCAGCCAGUUCUCUAUCUACCAGGAGAUUAUGUCUGCAAGAAGGGAGAAGUGGGGAAGGAGAUGUAUAUUGUGCAGGCUGGACAGGUGUUGGUAAUGGGAGGAGAACAAGGUGACGUUGUGCUGGCUACUCUUGGUGAAGGCAGCGUUUUUGGCGAGAUCUCCCUUCUGGCUCUUGCUGGGGGCAAUAGGCGUACUGCUGACGUCAGAUCACGUGGUUUCAGCAGUCUGUUUGUGCUGAGCAAGGCUGACCUGCAGGCCACCAUAAAAGACUAUCCUGAAGCACAGGAAAUACUCAAGAAGAAAGCCAAGCGACUGAUCAAGCAGAACGAGGCUCGAGAGAAGAUGGAACUAGCCGCUGAUGAGAAUAUUAUCAUAAAAUCAAGAGAGGUCACACCUAAAUUGCUGCAUACUGUCCUCCAGGUUGUGCGUCCAGAUUCUUAUACAGCCAGCAUUAUUCGCCGAUCAUCUCGCACCAUCUCUCGCUCAACAGUGGACAUGACGUCCAUGGAGGCGGUAUCUCCUGUUAGUGCAUGGCCAUGGACACCAUCUUCUAUGUCUCUGGAAGUCCCUAUAAGGAAUAGUAGGAGAUCAUCGAUGGAGGUGCCCUGUAGUAGUAGUCGUCCAUUGAUCAGCAGCAUACCCAAGACCAGUUUAUCAGAAAGUCUACCAGAAGAGGAAGAGGAGUUUUUAGUGAUAGAGAGAACUGAUGUGGAAGAGUCUGGAAAAAACCUGCCAGGAAGUCCUGCUUCAUACUGCAGUCAGCACUCCAUAUCCCUCCAUUGUGGGUCUCGGUCUCAAACGUCCCAGUCAAACGUCUCGACACAUUCCUCGAUUCACUCUAGUACCUCUUCACUUCAGCCCCAACCUUAUCUUAACAAGCUGAGCUCAAACCAAGCUGAUGGAAGCCUCAGCACAAAGACAAAUAAAGCUACGUCACAAUAUGAUGACUGCCCGUCACAGCCAGAGCUGGAAAGGUCCAUGUCAGAAGAUGAGGUUAGCUCUGGAGUUAUGUCUGGACUGUCAAGUCAAGUGUCAACUUCUAGUCUUGUACGAUACUCACCUGCCACCUUAGCCAGACAGUCUUGUGUCUCCAGUCCAGAGUGCCCAUCUCUGUUAUCUUUUAAACAGGAACCCCUAGUCCUUUGCCCUUCCACAGUGUCAUUUGGCACACAGGAGUCUGAUACUGCUGUUACAGAUCAAAGGCAGAGCUGUCCUUCAAAGCACAGUCACCAGCAGAGGUCACGGAAAAUGUCAGAAGGGAGUAAUGGAAGAAUCUCCUUACUUAAACAAAUUAAUAAAGGGAGCAACAAGUAUAGGGAUCUCGAUGCUAAUGAGACUAAUAAACCAGACACAGUUAUUAGUACCCCAAGGGAUUUGCUUUCCCCCAAAAAUGGAAGAAUGGCAGUUACUAAUGAAACAAACUCCUUGAAAAAAAGAUCUGUUACCACACUAAGAAAUGGAAGUAUUGGAGAAAUACCUUUCAAAACUAAUGAAACUCAAGAAUGCAGGAAAAAUGAAGCUAAUAGAAGUCACUGCAGUAAAGGUAACAUGAACUUAAGAAAUUCAGGAAACCUGAAGAGCAGAAAGUAUGAUAAUGCUAAGUGCAGCAGCAGUGGCUCUCAUAGAAGCAGCUGCAGCAUGCCUGAUGAUGCAAAGCAUAGUUUGGCUCAAAAAUACCAGGGUGAAGCAGUUAUUAAAGAUUGUACACACAAUUUGGAAAUAAGUGAUAAUCAUACAAGUAGAUAUAUAGUUUCCAAGCUCCAAGAAACUGAUAAUCCGAGAAAAAGGAGAAAGAUAGCUAAUGAACAACAAGCUACCUCCACCUAUUCAGGUACAACCCACAAUUCUGAGUCUGGCAGGAGUGCACAUCUUGAAGGCCGAAUGAAGCAAAAAGAAGCGAUUUCCAACAUGAACGGCUGCAUGCAUCCACCCAGUAUCCAGGAUGCUGUUGAUCUUGAUUCUUCCCGCAGUGUUACUCCAUCGCUCAACAAGCAUAGCAGCUGUAGCUUUAAUACUAUCAACAGUAAUGAGGACUUUCUGAUUAAGUAUGGGCUAAGCAGCAGUGUGGAGAGUGGCAUCAUUCCUGACACAGCCAUGUCAUGCUUUGAUUCUAUUUCCACGGGAGGAGAAUCUUAUGAUCUCUUCCUCACUGAGCUCUCCAAGACCCUACCCACCACAGGGAUUCAGUUUCCAGAUGCUGCUUCACCUGCCUCAACUAGCCUGUCAUCAGAUCCAGAAUUACAACCCCCUUGUGACCUGACAUCGUCUACACCACCUUCAAAGAUCUCGUGUUCAGCCGUUGUCCAUCACGAGUGUUCCUCACCACCAGAAUCUUCGCCAUUUGAUGCCCAGGAGUCCAAGUUGUAAUAUUAAUGAAGCUGGUCACUGGCAUUCAACCACAUUUACACAGCUUGUGCACAACAAAAUUUAGACAAGAUUUAUCAGGUCAGUUACUGCACUUCUUACUUUCCAUAUGCUUAUGCAUGUCAUUUUGUUGGAUGUCAUUCUGUUCAUUGUGAUUCAAGGAAAUCCAGAAAAUUUUGCACCGAAACUGAAGUUGUUCUGUUGAGGCAGCAGACACGCUGUAGCAGAUGGCCGUAAAUAGGUGCAAUGGUCACAAGUCUUCAUGUAGAACAGUAUACAGGUAUUUUUAGGUCAUUAGAUACAGAUGAACUGGCUGGUAGAGUCCCAACUAAACAUUUUGACCAUUCUCUACAGGAAAUUGCAGUAAAUAAUCUUCAUGGUACUAGUGCCUUGUAUUUUUCUUUGUCAACUGUUUAACACUUGUCACUUUAUACAGAACAAUACUGGAUUGAAAUAAUUUUCUGCUCACCUCUUGGAUGGGUGGUCUAUAUUAACCACAUCUGCACACAUUGUAAUUUGGCCAUUUUUAUUUCCGAGAAAAUGUUUUCUGCAACUCGCAUCUCAAAUAGUACUUCAACAGAAGAGGGUCUAUCAAAUAUCUGAACGCCAGCUAGAUAGCUACACAACAAUGGUACACAUGUAUCAUUUUAUUUUUGGACAUUACACAUUUUUUUUAGUAAGUACUUGUAAUGGAGCAAGCAUUUAACUUUCACCAUUUAUAUCAUGGUCAUACUGUUUAGUUUAAAAUUUUUAAUGUUUAAUGUAAUAAUCAACAGGCACACAUUCAAUAUAGUAAUGUGAUUAGCCACACACACAAAAACAUUCCUAUGUUGACCAAUCCACACACUAGAAAAUGAAGGGAUGAUGACG